CUGGUCCGGGGGAUGGCGAGCCCCCUUGCGCCGGAGCCUCCCGGCAGGUGUUCAGCCGGCCCCGGCAACCUCAACAACAACAACAACAACCAGCCGCCGCCGCCGCAGCAGGAACCGCCGCCGCAGCAGCAGCCUCCUCAGGAGCCGCCGCCGCCGCCUCCAGGCGUGCGCAAGUGCGGCUACCUGCGCAAGCACAAGCACGGCCACAAGCGCUUCUUCGUCCUCCGAGCGCCCAUCGCGGGUAGCGGGGCAGCCGGAGGGCCGGAGGGAUCGGGAUCAUCAUCGCCGCCCGCCCGGCUGGAGUACUACGAGAGCGAGAAGAAGUGGCGGAGCAAGUCCGGGGCGCCCAAGCGGAGCAUCGCGCUCGACGCCGGCCUCAACGUGCACAAGCGAGCCGACGCCAAGCACAAGCACCUCGUCGCCCUCUACACGCGGGACGAGUACGUGGCCCUGGCGGCCGAGAGCGAGCAGGAGCAAGAGGCCUGGUACCAAGCCAUCGCCGAGCUCCUCCGCGAGAGUCAGCCGCCGCCGCCGCCGGCGGGCUCCCCGCGGCAUCCCCUCCAGGCGACGGUCGCCGGCAGCCAGGACUCGGGCCUGGCGGCGCGCACGGUGGGGCUGGUGCGGCUCAACUGCGAACGGCCCUGCGUGACGCUGCAGCUGAUGAACAUCCGCCGGUGCGGCCACUCGGACAGCUUCUUCUUCAUGGAGCUCGGCCGCUCGGCCUCGACGGGGCCCGGCGAGCUCUGGAUGCAAGCCGACGACUCGGUGGUGGCGCAGAACAUCCACGAGACCAUCUUGGAGGCCAUGAAGGCGCUGCGCGAACUGGCCGAGUUUCGGCCGCGUAGCAAGAGCCAGUCCUCGUCCUCGUCGUCGGGCGGCGCUGCGGCAGCCUCCGCCGCCGCUACGGGGAGAGGAGGAGGAGGAGGAGGAGGUGGUGGGGGACUGUCGCUCAUGUGCAGCCGGCCCAUCUCCGUUCCCGGCCCCCGCCGCCAUCCCCGCCAUCCCUGCACCGCGCUGCCCCCCAGCCAGACGGGCCUCCUCCGCAGGUCGCGAACGGACAUCUUGGCCGGAGCAGGCGGGGCCAGCUGCCUCAGCGCUGCGGCCGCCACCACCACCACCACCAAUACCCGGGCCCGGACAGCAAGUGAGGGCGAUGGGUUCCGAGUGGCCUCACUGUCGGGCUCCGGCAGCCCCCUAAGCCCUGACUCCGGACCGCCCAGCCGCUCCCACCUGCCCCCGGGUCGCUCCCUGCCCUUGGGACAGGCGCCCUCUUGGGUGUCAAAGGUGGCUGGGGAGGCCCCCGGUGCUGCCCUCUCCCAGCCCCGGCCUUCAGGUUCCAGCGCCUCUGGCUCCCCCAGUGAUGUUGCUGCUGCCUUCUUGGCCUUCGAGGACUUGGAUUCCAGUCCUGUUGGCAAUCCGCGGCCCUCCUCUUCUCUAACUGCUGCCAACAAUAUCCACACACCUGACACUCCUCCUGGCCAGCACCUUGACAGCAGCUACAUUGCCAUGGAUCGGGGACACCUGUGCUACUCAUCUGGCCGUUGUGAAAGUGCUGGAAGGGACAUGGGUCCCAGGAAACGCACUUGCUCUCUGACGACACCGGCACACCAGCACCUCUUGCCACUUCCACAUUCCUCCACCUCUCUGGAUGACUACACACUUCUGCGGGCCACCUUACCUCCUGCAGGCUGCUCCCCUAGAGCAGCCUCUAUUCCUUAUCCCGAGGAUUACUGUGAUGUGGAAAUUGGGUCUGGGGGCACCAGCAGCAGUAGCAGCUCCCAUCUGGGGUACAGUGCUGGCAAAGAGGAGGGCUACAUGCCCAUGGCCCCUAGGAUACUUUCAGUCCUGCCACUGCAGGGUGACCCUGACGGUUACAUGUCUAUGAGCCCCACCAGCAUGUCACCUCCACAGUCAGUUUUACACCCUGUCCCCUCCAGGAUUGGCAGUGAGAGCUCAGAUGACAGCAGCUACAUGCACAUGUGGGGUACUAAUUCCAGGCUCUCUGGGGAGAAUCUUGAGGGGAGAUCAACCAGUGGUGGUGACUAUAUCAGUAUGUCCCCAGUUUCAGUGCCCUCUUCUACUUCUAAUGGUUUUUGUGCCCUGGGGCCUGGAAUCCAGUCAAGCCCUUCCCAUGCCUUUUGGAACAGGGCAACCUUUCUAGGUGAAAGUAAGGACAGUGACCAAUAUGUAUUUAUGAAUUCACUGGCAGUAAACCAUACAGUGUGUAACAACACCACAAUGCCUUUGCCCAUGUGCCACAGCAGAACAGAGAGCUCCCUCAGCCAGCCAGCAAAUAGUGUCCAGCCCAGCCCCCUUUUCCUGGGACUCUUCUUGCCCAGCAUUAAUGAACCCCGAGCUUCUAGUGGGGAAUAUGUUAACAUUGGUUACUCGCAGGUACCACCAGUCAGUGACAGCUCAACCUCCUUGUUUGGCACUGGCAUGGAAGGGCAUCAUCGCUCCCGUUUCUCUAACUAUAUGAACCUCAACUUUGAGGGGUUACAGUCAGGUGCCACUUCUGUGGGCUCCUUGGAAGAAGGACUUCUGUCAGGAUCUAGCCCCAGUUCUGGACAGCCUGACAAACGUGAGGUAAAGGGAGGCAUGCAAGAGACUUGCCUUUCCAGCUCCUUUUCUGAGGCCAGUGACUAUACAGAGAUGCUUUUUACAACAGCCACUCCUCCACCCCAGCCGAUUUCACAUCAGCCAGAAAGUACUCAGGCAACCAGCCCAAUUACUGGACUGAAGCAACUUACGCUCUCUGAGAUGGAGACUUUCCUCUUUGCCAGUCCUCCCCCUGACCCCAAUUAUGGAGCCAAAGUCAUCCGUGCUGAUCCUCAGGGGCGCCGGAGGCACAGCUCGGAGACUUUCUCCUCCACUACUAUGGUGACCCCUGUUUCUCCUUCCUUUGCACACAAUUCCAAGUGGCACAAUUCAGCCUCUGUGGAAAACGUGUCCCUCAGGAAAAGUGAAGACUUUGUGGAAGAACAGAACAGUAGUCCCAUGUGCCGAGAGACUUCUGCUGGUUUCCAGAAUGGCCUCAACUACAUUGCUGUUAAUGUGUUGGAUGGAGACCAUCUGUUGAAAGGCAAACAUGCAAGUGGGAGUCCCUUGAAUGGGAGUAUCAGUGGUACGUACACCACAGUAGACUUCCUGGCCCACAAUUUGAAGGAAACUUCUCUGGUGAAAGAAUGAAGAAACCAGUUUCAGCCUUGUGACUCCUGAAUCCAUUUUGAAAACUGAUCGCUGAUUUUUUAGAAUUGAAUCUUGAGCUACUUUAAGAUCUGCUUUUUCAUGUAGCUUUCAAAACAGUUCUUCAUUGUACUGGAGAGGAACCACCCCAUCUGAUCUACUUGGGCAUUUUGCAGAACUUUGCUGCUGUUUGCAUAAACCUUUAGGAUUUCAGACCUUUGAACCUUUUCAGCUGGCUGAUUCAUUACGGCCAUUACCUUUUCAGAACAGAGAAACAAUAUUUAUUUCUCAGCAUGUUAGGAAGUUCUGCUUUCACCUGCUUCAUCAGUCAAACCUAGUGUUUACUGGCAUCCUUUCAAACCUCUACAGCAGUGGUUCUUAACCUUUGGUUACUCAGGUGUUGUUGAACUGCAACUCCCAGAAAC